GAUAAUACGCAGCAACUAUUGAUGCAGUGAGAAGAUGCGUAUAUGCUAUCCGAGGAGAGUAUAUAUAACGAAUAAGCGCGCAUAAUAAAAGAAUAACAGGUGUAAUGUGAUCCGCGAGUCGAUGAAAAGAUGCGACGAGUUGCACGUCGGUCGGUGACGUCAGCCUGACUAGAAUCUUCCACGCAUUGACUCGACCUUGAGCGCGGACUCCUGGAGCACUGGAGUUUACCGCCCUGAGCCCCAACGAGCCUCCCGGGUACCCUGCAGUGACCUUCUUUAUCGAUUCUCACCUGCACAGGUGAGUGGCUUCACCUGCACAGGGGGCGGCAGGCCUAGCGAUCACGUCAAAAGCUUCUAGAAGAUUCCAUGAGGGCGGGCCCAUUCUCACCUGUACUGCAGGUGUGCUGAGGGUGGCGUGGUGGGGGGCACCCGUAUCCAUGUUGUUUAUCUACUAAGGCCUGUUUUUAAUAGCCUAUUUUCUCCCCUUGAUGCACAAUGUACUAUUGUUUGCUUGUUAAAUAACAAAGAUAAAUAAUUUUCGUCGCGUAAAUUACGUAAAAUUAUUUAAACUCUUCCUAAAAGUUUCACUUAAUAAAAAUAAACGUAAAAUCAAUUCUUUCGGGCAGCCAUCAUGAAUUGUUCACAGAGAUCAUUUUCAUUUGACUCCUUUGUUUUACAUAAAAACGCAUCAGUGUAGGCAUUCGCCAGGCUUUUUCCAUACGCCGAAUAACGCGUACAUUGUACGAUAUUCUUCCGGGCGCGAUUACUGGGCCGCUAUUGAGGUAUAUUUUUCGCCGACAAAAUUUACAUUGAUAAAAUUGCCCAUUACUUAGCAACCAGUCAAAAUAACUGACAGUCCCUUAUUAACUGAAUGUUCUUUUGUGUUGAAUGUUUUAACCGGUGAAUCGGCGAAAAUGUUCCUCAAUCAUACCCCAAUAGCGGUCCGAAGCGUGCAAAAGUGCGCCUGCUCUCGCGAACAUCGUCAAAUCGCAUUUAUAUAUGUGCGUUAUGUAUCCAUUUAGCCGGUGUUGCUCACUUGUGCGCGUGUAUUGUGUUCCGGCACAAGGCAUAGUGCUGACAUCUCGUUUCCUACGAAUUCACUAAUCGGCUCACGCGAUUCCUAUAUAAAGCCACCGCGCCAGUGGAUGAGCGCGCAUUGCUACAAGUGUCUCCUUUAGCUACUUACAGCUACCGCGGAAACGGUUUAAAAUAUUUAGUUCGGAAAUCACCGCAAGUGCCUCCGAAGGAAGUGAUCGUCGGCUCGACUAAUUUGGUGCUGAUCAUCUGGCCACGCGACAUCAUGCCACCGAACGAACAGAUCUACGAGCACAUACUACCCGAAGCCGUCGAGGAUCCUCUGAAAACUCUAGACAUCCCCGGCUUCGAUGGCUACGACGAGCAAUACAAAGACUCGGAGUUCAAUAUGAGCGCCGAGGAGUACAAGGAGAAGGUCCUCAGCAAGCCGUUUCUGCAGAGGACGGACAUCAAAUGGGGCAACCUCCUUUUCAUGGUGGUUAUGCACGCGGUCGCGCUCUACGGAUUUCUCACCUAUCCUUACUUAGAGAAGAAGAUGACGUUCGUGUGGGGUUGGUUCUUGGCCAUCGUCGCCAACUUCGGUGUCGCCUCUGGCGUGCACCGUUUGUGGUCUCACCGUGCCUUCAAAGCCAAGCUUCCUUUUAAGAUCAUCUCCAUAAUCUGCUACUUGACAUCUGGACAGUACUCUGCGAUAUGGUGGUCCAGAGAUCACCGUCUUCACCACAAGUUUUCGGAGACCGACGCCGAUCCCGUCAACGCAGCCCGUGGAUUCUGGUUCAGUCAUAUUGGCUGGCUCUGCAUGAAGAGACAUCCCGAAGUACUGAAGAAGGCCAAGCAACUCGACCUCAGUGAUAUUGCCAACGACCCGGUCAUCAAGUUUGAAGAAAAGCACUUCCAAGUGUUGAGGCUCAUGUUCACUUUUAUCAUACCCACGUUGGUGCCGGUGUAUUUCUGGAACGAGUCCUGGUAUUGGGCAAUCUUGUCGCAAUGUUUCAUGCGUUACGUCUACUCGUUGAACUGCACGUGGGGCAUCAACAGUUUGGCUCACAGGUUUGGAGGUCACCCUUACGAUAAAAACAUCGAACCAUCGGAAAAUUUCCUCAUGACACUCGCGACUGGAGGAGAGGGAUGGCACAAUUACCACCACGCUUUCCCCGCCGAUUACAAGGCUUCCGAGCUUGGCUUCAACUAUAUCACCAACGUCAAUCUGACGACGUGUCUGAUCGAUCUGGCCGCAAAGAUCGGCUGGGCGUACGACCUGAAGGAGCCAUCGGAAAAACUACUCAAGGCUGUUAUUAAGAACCGGGGAGACGGCUCCCACCCGAUUUCUCACGAGACCGUGAAAACAGAAUAAAGCAAUGCUUGUGACAACUUUUUGAUUUUCCGAAAUCGUAGAAAAGUUUUUUAGACUAACUAGGGUUUGAUCAGGCGCGCAAGCGUGCCAAUGUCUCGAAUUUGGAUUAUUGUAUUCUUUUUCUGUAUAGUUUUUGUAAAUAAUUAUAUGGCUAUUUAUUCAUAAAGAAA